AUGCUCGUCCGCUUCACACAUAUCGUCCUCGCCAUCCUGGCCCUUGCUGGCGUCACAGCUGCGUCUGCAGCCUCAACUCGGGGAAAUGGCACCACGCGGCUACUGACAAAGUUCGCAAUGUACCAAGGUCAGCACUGCAAGCAAUUGCAAGUAUACCCGCUCUCUGCUGCUAUAGUGUCAAGGGAUGUUCUGCUGGAACAUACUACGAGACCUCUUGAGAGAUACAUGAUGGUGUAUGAAUUUGCCGUGAUGUCGAGGUGGUUGUUCAACGUUCAACGCUCAGCGCCCAGCUAUCAAUUUGGGUUGGAGAAAUUUGCACACUAUUUCUUGGAAGACGGGGUAAUCGACAGGCUAUAA